AUGGAAGGAUACAUGAAGUUUGCUCUCCAUCAGUACAACAGUAAAGAAAAACUUGUUGAGGAUAUGAGAUUUGAGUUUGAGAAAUCCCAAAGUCAGAAUUGGAUCGUUGAAGGAGAGUUUGACGACCUGUUCUAUUACCAUUUUAAUUUGACAGCUAAGCAGACCUGUUCUUCUGUGUUUACAUUUUUUGCGGAAGUAACCCCAGAAGAUGGAGAUGAUUGUGAGGUUCUCUGCUGCAGACUUCUAAAUGAUGAUGACAAUGGACACUGCUUUGGUUGUGAGAAUGAAGGCGUAGAUGACUUAAGGCAUCCCGCUUGUGAAUCGUAUGUUGGAGGUCACGAAGAUCGGGGUUUCCCAUUUAUGGAGAACAGUGAGACUGAGGAUGACAGCGAUUGACGGGUGGAAGAAAUUGACGAGAUAACAGAAGUCUCUGUCUUGGAGUGCUCUUUUUCUGCCAGCAGCAAGUCAUCUGAUAUAAUUAAUUAUAGUUUGAU